GGGGCAAGAUUAUGCAAUUCUUGGACUUGCAAACCAACGAGUAUAUAAGCUUGUGGUGCGCUCAGAGGAGUAGAAAGUAAGCCAGUCUUGACAGGCAAAGUGUAAUACGGAAUCAGUCCAGCAAACCAAGCAAGAUGUACGCGAAACUCGCUCUUAUCUCCCUCCUGGUAGCCGUCGUGGUCGCUUCUCCAACCCCCGGUGGUGGCGGACACCACAAGCACGUAACCAUCCACGUGCCGUACAAGGUGCACACCAUCCACCACCACCACGUCUCGAAAGUCCACGUCCCCGUGCACGUGCCCGUGGUGAAGGAAGUCCCGGUGAUCAAGGAGGUGCCUAUCAUUCAGCACGUUCCUGUCCCGGUGUACAAGCACGUUCCUGUCCCCGUGGUGAAGCACGUUGAGGUGGAAAAGAAGGUGUACCUGCCCGUGCACCAGGAGAGCCAUGGAUGGGAGGGCGAGUCGUUGUCGCACGGCUGGAACUGAUGGACUUUACUUGUUUUAGUUUAAGGAUUCUUAGGUUAAGAAACCACACAUCGUAAUAAACAGGAGUUGCCGCCAAGAUUACGAAGUCCCACGAAGUCAUUUUCCGAACUUUCCCGAAGUUAUUCCGAAGUUUCCCGAACCCAAUUGGAAUAGGAUUUUAUACUUAUUACAAAAUCAAUUUGAAUUUGAAUGAAAGAGACAAAACAUUUCAUAUCUAAGAUCGAAUCAUCUUCUUUUCUUGUAUGAAAUGUAAAUUAUUGUACGUAAUUGUAAAAAAGUAUCAAAAUAGACUAAGAAAAUUUUCAAACAAAAUUUGUACUUACCAGACAAACAAACAGUGCCUGUGUUUUAUAUAGUUACCAUAGAUGUUAACCAUUUUAUUAUGUAAGAACCAAAGAGAAUAAAAAAGAUGUGUUUUAAUUUUUUUAUAAAAA